AUGAACAAAUAUUCCAUUCUUAGGUUGACAAUGCUGGUCUUGAUAGCCUCAUCAUUAAUCGGAGGAAUAUACUUUACCUUGAUAAAAAGUCAAAGGAGUAUUUCAUUGGAAAUAUUCAAGCCUAAAAAGAAGACUUUUGAAACUAUUGUCCAAAAGGAAGAAAUCAACAAUCAAACAAGAACCAUCAUUGUUGAAAAAGUUGUUGAGAAGGUUAUUGAAAAAGUAGUAGAGAAAAAAGCACAUGUUUGUGAUCUUAAUUUCCUCAUCAUCUCUGCUCCUAGAGCCAAUACGGGUUCCACAAGAUUUGCCUAUUUGGAGAGAACAGUUAAAAGUAUUGUCGAUUUACAAGGUGCUCUAUUAGAUAUUUGUGUCUUUGUAUUUAACACUGAUGGUGAAUCGGUAAGAGAGGAAAUUACUAAGGCUGCAAACGUCAGUGAAAAGGUUACUAUAUUUACACGAAAACACCAACAUAAUUUAUAUACAAAUGCUUUUCAUGACGCACCAAAAAAGAGGAAACAAUCCAAUGACUUUUACGACAUGAUCAAAACAUUUAAUGAUAUGCCAACAGAUGGUCCUGUUAUUUUGAUGGAGGAUGAUUUUGUAUUUUGUCCAAAUGCUCUCAGUCACAUCGUUUCUAUUUUUACAAAUGUUAAACAGAAGAAUUGGUCUGGAUUGAGAUUUUCAUUUGGAUUGAAUGGUGUAAUUGUGCUCAAAACUGAUUUGGUUGGAAUUUUAAAAUAUAUGGAAUUGAGUAGAAGUAGAUCAUUCCCAGUAGAUUGGUUAUUGGAAGAACUCUUCCACAAAACAGUUCCAUUCGGAAAGGAAUAUUUCAAAGAUAGAGUUUUCUACACUUAUAGAUAUCAAUUAAUGGAACACAUAGGUGUUGCAACCUCAGUUGGUAAUUAUAGAAGCGCUGAAUUCAAUAAUAUUGAUUUUCCUCAUUGUUAUGAAUCUCAAACGCAAUCAAGAUUGAUGAUUCCAUUCAAUAUGGCCCAAUGCCCGACGUCAUUAUUCUAUCCUUGUGAAGAAGAGCCUCCAAGAACAUCCAAUGAUUUUGCUCAUGAUACAAAAGAAGGUGAAAUACUUCCCCCAACCAAUACUCAUGGUAUAACUGAGCUCCACAAUCUAAAAGCAAUUCUCUGUGAAAAAGGAGAGAAUUGUGAUACUUGUUGCUCAAGGAAUAACGCAACUUGUGAUGGCCUAUUCUUCCCUUACAUCAAUAGGUGUGAUGAAAUGAGAAAACAUUAUCCUGAUUGUAAAUGUGCGUAUGAACUUGCUGAUGAAUCAAGAUCUCCAAACUUUGAUGGUGAGCUUUGUGUAAUCGGAAAUAGAAGAUCUCGUUUCAGAUGUGGAAAUUCAUAUAGAACUGAAAGAAGACUUUGUCCUUGUAAGCCUAAAUAA